AUGUAUUUGGAAUCACAGCUUGAUCUCUUGUUAGCGGCUUGUGCAUUGGUGUUUUGUGAUCGUAAUUUUAAUGGUGAAGUUCCAGUUAUGGAUCUAAAUGAUGAUGACAAACAGCUGCUUGCCAUGGUGAAUAGAGAACUACAGACGUAUAUACAGUGUUUGAAUAAAGCACGUAUCCGUGAUGGUCUUCGAACUAUUUUGAAUAUUUCCCGCCUUGGCAACCAACAUAUCCAAGCAAAUAUGCCAUGGAAACUGAUUAAAGGGUCUGAGGAAGAAAAGAUUCGUGCAGGCACAGUGACUGGUCUGAGUGUCAAUAUAUCCUGUUUAAUCUCAGUUCUACUACAGCCAUAUUUACCCAAUACAAGUGAUGAGAUACAGAAACAGCUACAAGCACCAGACAAAUGUAACCUUAUUCUUGAUCAGUUUGUCUGUUUUAUUCCACCUGGUCAUAAAAUAGGACAGGGUGGUGUAGUACGGACGUUGAAAACUGCCAAAGCUGACAAGGUGAAGAUUGAAGCUGAAGUGAAGAAGUUACUGGAGUUGAAGCGACAACUGUCACUGGUAAAAGGGGAGGACCCUGCUCCUUCUUCAGGAGGAAAAGGAAAAAAUAAGAAAUGA